GAUAGAAGAGAAUUACAGCAUUAGGAGAAACUAGAGACGUCCCCUAUCUGACAGAAUAUACAGCAUUACACCCCAAACAGGUGAUGUCCCCUACCUGAUAGACACGCUAUACAAUAUUACAGUCGGUGAUGGUUGGAGACCUGACAGACUACAGCCGGUGAUGGUUGGAGACCUGACAGACUACAGCAUUACAGCUGGUGAUGGUUGGAGACCUGACAGACUACAGCCUGUGAUGAUUGGAGACCUGACAGACUACAGCAUUACAGCCGGUGAUGGUUGGAGACCUGACAGACUACAGCCGGUGAUGGUUGGAGACCUGACGGAUUACAGCCGGUGAUGGUUGGAGACCUGACAGAUUACAGCCGGUGAUGGUUGGAGACCUGACAGACUACAGCAUUACAGCCGGUGAUGGUUGGAGACCUGACAGACUACAGCAUUACAGCCGGUGAUGGUUGGAGACCUGACAGACUACAGCAUUACAGCCGGUGAUGGUUGGAGACCUGACAGACUACAGUAUUACAGCGGGUGAUGGUUGGAGACCUGACAGACUACAGCAUUACAGCCGGUGAUGGUUGGAGACCUGACAGACUACAGCAUUACAGCCGGUCAUGGUUGGAGUAGAGAUAUAUCAAUUGAACAACCAGAAGCCUCGUUGACUUGAACCAGCAACCUAGCCGAUACAGGACCAGGAGACCAGUCAACUCAUUAGUUUCUGCGCCGUAGAGUUGGGGACCUCUUUGACUGUGGUAACGAUGCCGGCAGAAACGCGUGCCACCGGGGACGGGACCUGUCAGGCUCUGUGCCAAACCCUGGUCUAUCAGAACGGGAUCCAGAGAGACACGGCUGACAUCUCCAAGUCUCUCCUCUACACAUCACUGAUGGGGCUGCUACUGGUUGUAGACAAAGAGAAAGAAAAGCUCAAGGUUGGGAGUGGAAGAGUCGGCCUUCGUAACGUAGGAAACACGUGUUUUCUGAAUGCGGUGGUUCAGUGUCUAUCUCACACCAGAGGUCUGAGAGACUACUGUCUGGUCAAAGCCUACAGACAGGAGAUGUGCAGUAGAGAGGAACCACACCUCAUGGAGGCGUUCUCCCAGGUGCUGUUGAGUCUCUGGGAUGUGAAUGAAGAAAACCAUAACACAAAAGUGAAUCCUGGGAAGUUCUACAGCAUCUUCAAAGACGCGGUGCCUUACUUCAGCGGAUACAGUCAACAGGAUGCUCAGGAGUUUCUCAGGUUCUUAUUGGACAGGCUUCACUGUGAGAUCAACCGUCGGCCGUACGUCCGGCUCACCAGCCUGGAGCCUGAACCCAAAUGCACCACAGUCAGGAUUGACGAGCAGGCGUCUGCAAUGUGGAAGAGACACCUGGAGAGGGACGACAGUAAGAUCGUAGAUCUGUUUACAGGUCAGCUGCGUAGUUCUCUUCACUGCUCUGUGUGUUCUCACUACUCCACCUGCUUCGACGUCUUCUGCGACCUGUCUCUACCCGUCCCUAAGAGGAGUGCAACAGGGGGCGGGUCUCUGAGGGAGUGUCUUGAUCUGUUCACACAGGAAGAGAAGCUGGACGAGGAGAACGCUCCCAUGUGCGAGAGGUGUAACAGACGGACAGAGAGCACCAAGAGGCUGACCAUCCAGAGAUUCCCACAGGUCAUCGUCAUGCAUCUGAACCGGUUUGCCAUGUCGCGGUAUAUGGUGUGUAGGAGUACAGUGUGUGUCUCCUUCCCUCUGACCAGCCUGGAUAUGGGGCCCUACGGACCGGUUGACUGUGGUCCCGUGUUGUAUGAUCUGUAUGCAGUGUGUAACCACAGUGGGACAGUCAACAUGGGCCACUACACAGCCUGUUGCCUGGAGAACGACGGAUCGGGAUGGUGCUGUUACAACGACUCCUGUGUGACUCCUAUAUCAGAGAACCAACUGCAAUCUGCUCAGGCCUACGUCCUCUUCUACCAACGCAGGAAGUGAACCAUCGGGCAGCCAAUCACUACAGCUUUAACUGCAAGCAUAGCAAUCAGCAGCCAAUCAGAAAAACUGUUACUACAAGCAGAGCUUUCAGCAGCCAAUCGCUACAGCUGUUACUACAAAUGGAAUAUUACAAACAGCUGUGAUGUAGCGCUAUUGUAACCAAGCAACCAGCAUCUCAACCAAGUGGUCUGAUGUUGGACUACUUGAGGAUUGAGUGAGUCUGGGACAAAGACCGCACAAAGGCAUAGAAAGACAGAAGAUUGGAAUAGACAGCUUGGGUGAGGAGAGGAGAAAGAGAAGACCAGUGUAGGAGUGUUCAGUGUUCAGACAGUUAUCACUGGACACACACACAGCUUGGGUGAGGUGAGGAGAAAGAGAAGACCAGUGUAGGAAUGUUCCUAGCCAGCUCAGCUAGGAGCGUGUGUGUGUGUGUAGACCUUCAGUUCAAACAGACAGUUAUCACUGGACACACACAACCAUGAGGAAACAUGUCAACAAACAUGUUAUCGGACACUAUUAACUUAGUGCUACACACUAACCAACUAACCAACUAUCGGACAGACCGCUUUACAGAGAAGCCUUCAGAAUGUGUUAUAAUAGUCUAGACGACAUCUGUACUGGUAGAAACAUUCAUCCCUGAGUAGAAAGUUGCUUUCUAUUUUUAUGCUGCUAAAAAUAUAUAUACAUUUUUAUAAAACACCAACUAGGUGUAGGUGCAUCAAAGGGGUAUUUGAGCAACAUUUUUCUAAAUUAACAAUUAUUUAAAUGAUAAUUUCUUUACAUAAUCACUUGUUGUUUUUCCUUUCUUAUUUAACUUAAUUAAUUUGAUUAAAAUGUUUUGUUUCGCUUCUUCUUGGCAAGUGAAAACGUAAAUAAAACAGGUUGGCAUGACA